AUGUCCCCACGCCCACCGCCCCAUCUCAUUAAGGCACCAAAUCACUUUACCACGCCAUGCGCAUCCUGGGCUACGAGCACAUCCGCCGCGUCCGUCUUCGCGGCGGAGCUGACCGCGGCGUACCCGGGCGCCAGGGCGGUGCUGGUGCAGCGGGACUUUGAGAGCUGGCUCGCCAGCGUCGACACGGUCUUCAUCAGCUCCGUGCUCGACCCGCGCAGGAAGCUCCUGUACGACCUCGUCGUCCGGCCGGUGCGCAAGCUGCACUUCUACGUCUACAGGUAA